AUGGCUGACAACAGUGAUAUCAACACUGUUCUCAGCAACUCGCUGUCGCCAGACGCGGCUACGCGAACCGGUGCCGAGCAACAGUUAAUCCAAGCUGCCGAAAAUAAUUUUCCCUUGUAUUUGGCGACCCUAGUCCAGUCAUUGGCAGACGAGAAUGCCCAGGGCAACAUCAGAGUCGCUGCGGGUCUAGCCUUGAAGAACGCAUUCAGUGCUCGCGAAUUUUCCCGACAGAACGAGUUACAGCUCAAAUGGCUACAGCAGACCGAUCAAGAGACCAAGGAUCGCGUCAAGGAGCUCGCCAUCCAGACACUUUCCUCUAGCAACGCGCAAGCUGGUCAAGCCUCCGCCCAGGUUAUCGCCGCUAUCGCCGCUAUUGAACUUCCUAGGAACCAAUGGCCAGAUCUUCUGCAGGUCUUGGUUCAAAAUGUUAGCGCGGGCGCGCCUCAUCAGAAGCAAGCUUCGUUGACGUGUAUAGGCUACAUUUGCGAGAGUCAGGAUCCCGAGCUCCGAACUGCCUUGAUCGGACACUCUAAUGCUAUUCUUACCGCUGUCGUCCAAGGUGCGCGCAAGGAAGAGACGAACGCGGAAGUGCGUUUCUCCGCCAUAAGCGCACUUGGCGACUCUCUCGAGUUCGUUGGUAACAACUUUAAGCACGAAGGUGAGAGAAACUACAUCAUGCAGGUUGUUUGCGAGGCUACCCAAGCCGAUGAUGCGCGCAUACAGCAGGGUGCCUUCGGCUGUCUCAACCGUAUAAUGGGUCUCUACUACGAGAAUAUGCGCUACUACAUGGAGAAGGCCCUUUUUGGUCUGACGAUUCUGGGCAUGAAGAACGACGACGAGGACGUUGCGAAGCUUGCCGUGGAAUUCUGGAGUACCGUGUGUGAAGAGGAGAUAAACAUAGAGGAGGACAACGCGCAGGUCGAUAGUGCCGAUCAGAUGCGCCCCUUCUAUAACUUCGCCCGAGUUGCGACCAAUGAGGUUGUGCCUGCUCUGCUACAACUUCUUACCAAGCAAGACGAGGAUGCAACAGACGACGAGUAUAACUUGUCACGAGCCGCAUACCAAUGUCUCCAGCUUUAUGCCCAAGCCGUUGGAGCCAACAUUAUCCAACCGGUCAUUCAGUUUGUCGAGCAGCACCUCCGAUCCGAAGACUGGCACUUCCGGGAAGCCGCGGUGGCUGCUUUCGGAGCAAUCAUGGAAGGGCCCGAAGAAAAGGUCCUCGAGCCUAUCGUCAAGCAGGCCUUGCCCAUCCUGAUCAGCAUGAUGGAGGACAGCUCUACUUUUGUUAAGGACUCAACUGCGUAUGCCCUCGGCCGCAUUACGGAUGCCUGCUCGCAAGCUAUUGAUCCUACCACGCACCUGGACCCUCUAAUUCGGUCUCUGUUCGCCGGUGUCCACGACAUUAAGAUGGCAGCGUCUUGCUGUUGGGCUUUGAUGAAUUUGGCAGAACGCUUCUCUGGAGACUUUGACGCGACUUCCAACCCUAUCACGCCUCACUUUAACCAGAGUGUUCAAAAUCUCUUAGCUGUCACUUCGCAGCCGAACAUAGAGACCUCCGUUCGUACCACUUCUUACGAGGUUCUCAGCGCCUUCGUCCAGCAUGCCGCGACGGAGAGCUUCCCGGCUAUUGCCCAACUUUCCGAUGUGAUUAUUAAGCGACUCGAAGAGACCAUCCCCCUCCAAAACCAGGUCGUCAGCAUAGAAGACAAGAUUGCAUUGGAAGAGAUGCAGACGAGCCUAAGCACCGUCCUACAGUCAAUUAUCCAGCGACUAGAGAAGGAAAUAUCUCCUCAGGGAGACAGGAUCAUGCAGGUCUCGCUUCAGAUUCUCAGCACGGCUGGAGCCAAGUCCAGCGUCCCCGAGUCGAUCUUCGCCACGAUAAGUGGGUUGGCGAACGCGAUGGAAGAGGAUUUCGUCAAGUACAUGGAUGCUUUCACUCCGUUCUUAUAUAACGCACUCGGAAAUCAAGAAGAACCCAGUCUCUGCUCUAUGGCCAUUGGAUUGGUUAGCGACAUAACUCGAUCAAUGGGCGAGCGCAGCCAACCGUACUGCGAUAACUUCAUGAACUACCUCUUAAACAAUCUCAGGAGUACGACCCUCUCAAACCAGUUCAAGCCCGCCAUCCUACAAUGCUUUGGCGACAUUGCCAAUGCUAUUGGCGGGCAUUUCGAGACUUAUCUAUCUGUCGUCGCCCAGGUCCUACAACAGGCCGCGACUGUGACAGCUGCUCCCGAUGGUUCUUAUGAGCUCUACGACUACGUCAUAUCCCUACGAGAAGGUAUCAUGGACGCCUGGGGUGGCAUUAUUGGUGCCAUGAAGCUGAGCGGCAAGACCUCGGCUCUCCAGCCUUAUGUGCAGUCCAUCUUCCAGCUGCUGAACAUCAUAUCCCAAGAUAUGAACCGCAGCGAAUCUCUCAUGCGAUCUUCGAUGGGAGUUAUUGGUGACCUGGCCGAUGCUUUCCCUAACGGCGAGCUUGCUGAAGCUUUCAGACAAGACUGGAUCACUGUUAUGAUCAAGGAGACCAAGACCAACAGGGAGUUCCAGUCUCGUACGAUCGACACCGCCCGAUGGGCCCGAGAGCAGGUCAAGCGACAACUAGGCGGCUCCCAGGCUAUCAUGCAACAAACUUGA